GACAGUGACAGGGGCAGGGGCAGGGCCGGGGCAGGGCCGGCCCCCUCCUGCCACCUCCCCCGCUUCCUCCCGGCCCCGCCUGUUGAUGUUUCACUUGCUUUUAAUUCCCGGGUCGCAAGAUGGAGGCGGCGCUGGGACGUCGGGAGCUGCUGCUGCUGCCGCUGUCGCUGCUGCUGCCGCCUCUGGCCGCCGCUCUGCUGGGCCCGGCCGCGCCGCUGGGACAGGAAGCAAUUAGAGUUGGUGUUAUGAUGCUGAACACCAGUGGAGAACUCCACAAAGUACAGGUUCUUUUUAACAUCACCUAUGUUAAUGGACAGGUAUAUCUAAAUGACUUUCCUAUGAAAAGCGGGGUUGCCCACAUAACAUGCCAAACAAUAAUAUUGGAGAACAGAAGCUUGGAUAACUUACUGGAUCAGCAGCAUCUGGGAACCGUCAGUGUUCGAAUCAUGGUUCACGAGUGGCCUUUGGCAUCCACUUCUGAUUUGCAGCUGAUUGUCAUUCAGGAAGAAGUGACAGAAAUUGAUGGGAAACAGGUUCAGCAGGAAGAAGUAACAGAAAUAGAUAUUUUAGUAAAGGACCUGAGAGUACUUAGACAUUCUAACUACACCGUCCCUUUGAAAGAGAGCAUGCUGUACUCCUUGCCAAGGGACAACGACGUGUUAUUUACGCUGCCCAACCUCUCAGGAAAAGAUAUUCAAGAUCCACUGCAGACUACCAGUCAGUACCUCAUCCAGCAAGUAGAAACCACAGUGGAUGAAGAGACAUUACCUGGCAAGUUACCAGAGACUCCUCUUAGGAUAGAACCUCCAUCUUCUUACAAGGUGAUGUGCCAGUGGGUGGAAGACUUGAGAAAAAGGUUGUGCAGAUUCUGGUUUCAAUCUCUACCUAUCUUGUUUAGUUUCAUGGAAGUUGUUGUUGUUGGAGUUGUUGGAGCAGCUCUUAUUAUCAAAGUCUUAAAGCUGAUUCUGCCGUCCUGUGAAAAUAAAGGCAUCCUUCUCCUGGAUCAAGUCAGCUUUGUACCUGUGACUACCAUCAGCCUGCCUUCAGACCUUUCAGACAGGAAAAAUAAUUUAGAGGAGAAAGCAUGUACUUAAUACUGUAUUUACUUUGGAGUUACUGGUUUUUAAAAACACACUUUUAGUUGAUCUGAUAUUUGGCACCUGAUCUUAAUACCUUGGUUUUUUCCUACUAAGAAAACUAAGUCAGUUGAUUAAUUGAUAAAAGGCCCCUCAGGCCAAGGCCCAAAGCUGACUUCCUUGUGCCUCUCCAUAAACAAGCAGCCUUUUCAGAAGCUUCAAAGUAGAACAGCUGCCUUUUCAGAAGUUUCAAAAUAGAGCAGCUUUCCACCCUGAGGGCUACCAUUGGUUUUAACUUCUGUGAAGUCACUUUUCCACACCUCAGACAGGAUGCUGGCUGCCUUCAUGCCCAUAAACCAAGUCAGCUGUCCUGACUAACAAGGUGAUGAAAUUCAGGGUGUCCUUAAGUCCAGAGAUAGCACUCUUCUAAAAAAUAUGAGAAAAUAUUGCAAACAUCAGCUGUGCCUGCAAACCUAAGCAAAGCUGCCCCACCUGGUUCCUGGUCUCUUAGGGUUGAGUGUGUCUUGCCAGGAAGAUACCACUACCAAACAUUUGUGUUACUCAAAAGACCUGACAUUUUUAUACGCAAAACAAAAAUUUGAAUGGAAGAAUUGUAUUUCAAGCACUUUACAUUUUUAUGGUCCCUUCCACUCAUAAAAAAUUAUUAGCAGUUGUAACCAGCUUGCUUUUUGUAUCUGUGACAGCAGUACUCUAUGAAGUCCCAAAAGAAAAAUGAAAAUUCCAUUAGAUUCUACAGAAACACUGGCUUACUAUUGCUGAGUAGGCCCAGUCUGCUCAUGCCAGUUUGUACUGUUAACAUUUUUCAAAUAAACAUUUAAAUUGUUUAUUA